CGGUCGCAGACCUGACGGGCUCCGAGGGACAGCCGGCUGGGCGGGAAUGGGCCGCCCAGCGACCUAGCGCCGCACAGCACGGGCCGCCGCGGGCAGGGUCGGGCGGAUCCGGCGCCGCCGCCAGGCAGCCGGGAGCCAUGAACGGGGACGCCAUCUGCAGCGCGCUGCCCACUAUCCCCUACCACAAGCUCGCCGACCUGCACUACCUCAGCCGGGGCGCCUCGGGCACCGUGUCGUCGGCACGCCACGCGGACUGGCGCGUACGGGUGGCAGUGAAGCACCUGCACAUCCACACGCCGCUGCUCGACAGUGAAAGAAAUGAUAUCUUACGAGAAGCUGAAAUAUUACAUAAAGCUAGAUUUAGUUACAUUCUUCCGAUUUUGGGAAUUUGCAAUGAGCCUGAAUUUUUGGGCAUAGUUACUGAAUACAUGCCAAAUGGAUCAUUAAAUGAGCUUCUACACAGAAAAACAGAGUAUCCUGAUAUUGCGUGGCCGUUGCGAUUCCGCGUCCUCCACGAAAUCGCUCUUGGUGUAAAUUACCUGCACAAUAUGAACCCCCCUCUACUUCAUCACGACCUAAAGACUCAGAAUAUCCUGUUGGAUAACGAAUUUCAUGUUAAGAUUGCAGAUUUUGGCUUAUCAAAAUGGCGUAUGAUGUCGCUCUCUCAAUCACGAAGUAGCAAAUCUGCACCCGAAGGAGGGACAAUUAUCUAUAUGCCACCUGAAAACUAUGAACCUGGACAGAAAUCCAGGGCCAGCGUGAAGCAUGAUAUAUACAGCUACGCAGUUAUCAUGUGGGAGGUGCUAUCCAGAAAACAGCCUUUUGAAGAGGUCACCAAUCCUUUGCAGAUCAUGUAUAGUGUGUCCCAGGGUCAUCGGCCUGACACUAGUGAGGAAAAUUUGCCAUUUGAUAUACCUCAUCGAGGUCUCAUGGUCUCUCUAAUACAAAGUGGAUGGGCACAAAACCCGGAUGAACGACCAUCUUUCUUGAAAUGCUUAAUAGAACUUGAACCAGUUCUGAGAACAUUUGAAGAUAUAACUUUUCUUGAAGCCGUUAUCCAGCUGAAAAAAACAAAGAUACAGAGCGCAUCAAGUAUUGUUCACUUAUGUCAAAAGAAAAUGGAUUUAUCACUGAACAUACCUGCAAACCAUCCUCCACAGGAGGAAUCGUGUGGAUCCUCUCUGCUCUCUAGAAACACUGGUUCUCCUGAACCCUCCAGGUCCCUAUCAGCUCCUCAGGACAAAGGUUUUUUCUCUGGAGGACCUCAAAAUGGCUCUUCAUUGAGGCUGCAUCCCUGUCCUGGAAACCACACCUGGGAUGGCACCAUCUCUCCAUCACAAAGGGCAGCCUUCUGUGAUCACAGACCCACCCAGUGCUCACCAGCUGUAAUAAACUCACUCUUGGUUGAGAAAAGUUUAGAGCGCCUGCCACCUGGUGUAGCCCAACAGUGGAUCCAGAGCAAGAGGGAAGACAUCGUGAGCCAAAUGACAGAGGCAUGCCUCAACCAAUCACUGGACGCCCUUCUGUCUCGGGACUUGAUCAUGAAGGAGGACUAUGAACUCAUUAGCACCAAACCUACAAGGACCUCAAAAGUCAGGCAGCUACUGGACACCUCCGACAUUCAAGGAGAAGAGUUUGCCAAAGUUAUAGUACAGAAGUUGAAAGAUAACAAGCAAAUGGGACUCCAGCCUUACCCAGAAGUACCAGUGGUUUCCAGUGCACUAGCUUCAAAUUUCCUUCAAAAUAAAAGCGUAUAAGUGAGUCUGUUUUGAGAGGAAAGUCAGUUUACAAAUGAUUAUUUAUAUCUCUAUGACCUGGAUAAUAUUUGCAUGAAAAUAUGAGAGUAUUAGAUAUGUCACUGAAGGUUUUUUGGGAGGGAUAAGUAUGAGUCUCUUUCCAUGACAUAGCAGUAUUUUUUUUUAAUUAAUAUAAGUAAAAAGUUUGCAUUAUGCUGUGUAGUUCAGUUAUUAUGUCAGUUUCACUACUUGAACUUUUUUAUAUAAUAAUUACAAUUUUCUUGUUCAUAAUGGUGCCUUAAGGUGGCCUUCGUUUCUGAUGGAAGACAGUUUCAAACUCACUUUAUGUGUGGAUUCUUCAUUAUUCCUCCAAAAUGCAAUUUGACUUUGUGCAGCAGUGAUAUGCAAUCCCCAUUUCACAGUCCCAAGUUCCAGUCUCCAAAGAGCUAUUCAUUUUUAAAUUUUACUUUCAAAUGUUUGAGAUGGUUGUUUCAGGGAAUAUAAAGUGUAUAAAGAAGGAAAAAAGAAUCUUGUAUUAACACUGGCUGGCUGUCCGCCUGUUUAACCUUUGCCUCCCCUGUCUCCAGAGUGAGCAACCCAUUGUGGUCCCUGCUGCAGCCUGCUUCCUGUUCCUGUUUAAGCAUGCUGAUUGGGCAGAGGCCUUUAUGUAGU